AUGGCUCAACCAAAACAAGUAACACGUACAUUACUUUCACAAGAUGAAAAAAAAUUAAUUGAGCGCUUUUAUACUCAGUUUGGUGCCAGAAGUGCUGGAAGAAUUGCCAGUGAAAUAAUGAAUAAUCCGGGAAUACCCGGUCAUAUCCAGCAGUUUUAUGUUCAUUUGGGUUUAACGAAAGCAACCAAGCGAGUUUAUGAUCAUUUAGGUCGUGAAACAAGAAAAGCUGCAAUGGCAAAACUCACGCAGCAUACACCACAAAUGAAUCCGAUCUCUUAUUUUCAACAACAACAACAAUCUUCAUCGUCACAACAGCAACCACAACGACAAAAUGUUGGCACAGCACCGGCAGAUCAGCAGGACGACAGCGAUUGGGAGAACGACGACGAAGCGGUGGAAAUGGAUGAAGAUGUUACAAUGAUUGCACAAUCACAACCCCUGUCCGCUUCAUUGGACUGGCUAAAUAUUCUAUUAUCGUCACCGCAACUACCACCAGCUAUGGGCACUUCUCCUCCUGCUGUACCACCACAACAGGUAACUGACACACAAUCACCGGUAUUUCAAGGAUUAGUGAGCACAGGUGUAUUAUCGGCACCCGUUCCACCAGCACUCCUUCGGACUCCACCUCCACGUCGAAAUAGUCAAGUCAGUUUACCCGCCUCAUGGACUCAGACACCUCCCACUCAAUCACAAACGACAAUGCAACGUCCAUCACAAAGACAAAGAGCACAUCCACGAACAGCUGCCACACUAUUACCUCAAGACGACAAAGACGAUGAAGAAAAUCGUCCACCAUCGCCACGACGACCAUUAAAUGUCUAUCUCAUCGAAGCAGCAAAAGAAGUGAGACAAGCUGCCAAAAUGUGUCAAAUGGUAGCAGCAGAAGCAAUUCAAAGACUACGGGAGUUGUAA